AUGGCAAAGCAAAAGAAUAAAGUCGAUAAUCAAUACCCCGAGGUCGUGCAACAAUGUGCAAACAAUAAGGAUGGGCAUUGCUACCCCGCUGAUAAAGUUUGCGAUAGAGAAUCCUGCUCGGCAACUACCACAACCCAAGUUACAAUGACGACGGCGUUUCUGAAAUUAUCAUACCCAGGCAUCGUAAAGAGAAAACUGGGUUCGAAUCAUUGGGACAAAAUACACGAGGCGAUUCAAGGGCGAAAACGGGAUGCUUCAGAAUGUCCGAGCGAUUAUCAACUGUGCCCUAAAUCGAUGAAUGGAGGAUGCUGUCCAAACAACAGAUCGUGCGGUACUAGUAGUUGUUAUCUCACCAGCGCAGCUCCUGCUUCGGCUUGUGGAGUGUCAGGAUAUACAGCUUGUGGAAUUGAUGCUGGAGGUGGAUGUUGUCCAAGUGGCUACAUAUGCGCAAUUGACGGUUGUAGCGCUUCUCCCGGUAUUUCGUAUAGCCAAACUUGCGGAGUCAAUUCAUAUUUAUGCCCGGCUUCAUUGAACUACGGUUGUUGUAAGAGUGGUAUGGGCUGUGGGUUGAGUAAUUGUUAUUCCACGGCAGUAACGACUUUCACAUUGACCGAGACCUUGACCACGACAGAUAGCAAUUCACACACACAGACUUUUACAUCCACAUUAGUUACAGCUUCUACUCCAGCGUCGCCAUCAGUCCCGGCGAAUACAUCAAAAGCUUCGGCCGUCCCGAAACUCACACCCACGGCUACUGCAAUACCAAAAGUCGAAGCAACGAAUGGGAGUACACCAACAAACAGCGGUCUCACGAAACCGGAAAUAGGUGGCAUCAUAGGCGGUGCAGCCUUCAUUCUCCUCGUUAUUCUGAUCGCCGCUUUCUGUAUUUUAAGGCGCCUAAAAAAGGCUACAAAGGCAUUCAAGGAAGCAAAAACACGCAGUGGAUCCAAUGUCCCUCGAUCACACAGACAUCGUCCUUCAUACCCAUCACCAUCCGACAUGAGUUCAAUAUCGACGGAUCCUCUGCAAAUGACUAGUUCAGAAGCGUCGCGUAGCGUCCGAAAUUACUCUCACCCAACAACCGAACGAUUUUCAUCUGACCGACACGACGGUCCUGAAGUCGUAACCCCACCUUCCUUCAACCCAUACUCCCCCUUUUCCCCGCACGCCUAUCCUGGUAACCGCGCCCAAACUCAAGGUCGCGGAUACUACCCAGUAGCCACCUCGGACUCCGCUUACUCUCAGACAUCGUCGGGACGUCGCAAUCCCUCUGUUGAAUCCACCCCUCCUCUUCAACAACCACAAUCCUAUUUCGACAUCCCUCCACAUCAACAAUCUGAACUUCCCGAUUUCAGAAACCAGAAUUUGCGCCACGGUCAUGAUGUAAGUCCAAUCCGUCGACCAAGCCAACAUGGAAGAAAUUGGAGCAAUGCUAGCGAUGUCAGCGCAUCAUCAUCUAGUCCCCUCGUCGAACUAGAUGCCGGAGAUGACGGCGAGUUGAAAUUUUCACUUGGAAAGGCUUGGAAAGUUUUGGGAUUAGGAAGCUGGAAGGGAAAGGUUUCUGCAAAUAGGAAACCGGAAAACCUAUCCCUCAAAGAUUCUCCAACUGCUACUCUCGAUCGGGAUCUCAAACCUGUCCUUUCAAAUGUGCCGGAGGAAGCGGGUAGUUUUAUGAAUGCGACAGAGGCGGAACACGAGGUUGAUGAUGAUGAGAUUAGGGCUCAAAGACCUCGAAGUAGUGAUACGGGGAGAGAAUCCCGUGCUUCCAGACCGAGGAGUGGUCUUAGUAAUGCAGAGCUGAGGGAAGCGAGUAUUCGGAAUGUGGUGAGAGCGAAACCGAGUAAACCCAAGGAGAUCAUGAUUCGCAAUUCGGGAGGUGCGGAGGCGAGUGGAAGUAGGAAUGCGAAUGGGAAGGCUGAUGAGGCGGGGUUUUAG